GUUCUUCUUCUUCUCAAAAGAAAAGAAAAGUAGCCCCCUCGCUCGUCUUCCUCCUCGCGCACGACUGGAUCCCAGUAGCGCAAGCGCCGCCGCCGCCGCCGCCGCCGGUUGAACCCCCCUUCGAUUCUAUCUCCCCCGACCGUUUCUCCUCCCAUAACCCACGAAUCGAUUCUGCCCUGCAGCUCCCCCUCCUCAAUCUCCCCCAAUUCGUAACUGAGGCAGAAAUCAAGGUAGGGCGGCCGCCCUACCUUGCCCUGCUGGGUCCUCCGCCCGUGUUGUACGGGCAGCCAUGGUGCGGCUUCUCGGGCUGCGGGGCCUGAGCUUCGGGCCAGAGGAGUCGCCGCGGGAGAUCACGGCUGCCGGCGGAGAUGCGGCGCCGCCCGUCGGGAGCAGCGGCUGGCUCGUCCGCUUCUUCGACUCCGCCUUCUUCUGCGAGUGGAUCGCCGUCAGCUACCUCUACAAGCACGACCACGCCGGCGUGCGCGACUACCUCUGCAACCGCAUGUACACGCUCCCGCUCCCGGGCCUCGAGGCCUACCUCUUCCAGGUCUGCUACAUGCUCGUGCACAAGCCCAGCCCCUCCCUCGACCGCUUCGUCAUCGACACCUGCGCCAAAUCCCUGCGCAUUGCUCUCAAGGUCCACUGGAUCCUCGCCGCCGAGCUCGAGCUGGAGGAGACCGAGGAUCUGGAUGGGAUUGAUAAGGUGCAGGAGCAGUGCCAGGCCGCAGCGACCGUGCAGGGCGAGUGGCCGCCGCUUGUCCGGCCUGCGCCGCUAUCUCCUGUUGCCAGCCCGCGUGGCAAUCCCAUGCUCAGCAGGAUACGCUCGUCGAAGCAGCGACUGAUGUCCCUUGCCUCAUCGCCCUCUCUUGGCUUGAGCCCCACUGGUGGCGGGACCAAUGUGCCUGCCACCGACGAUGCUGGGGUUGGCAGAGGGAAGCAGCCAGUAAUGCCAUCAUCGGAGGACAACAGGCUGCUCAGGAGACUGAGCAUUGGACCGAAGGUGGUGCGUGACGCACUCUUCUCUAAACGGUCCAUGGAGAAGGAUGAGGAGCAGGACAAGGAUGGCUUCUUUAAGAGGCUGCUUCGAGACAGCAAGGACAAGGAGGAGGAUGAUGGAGAUAAGGAAGGAUUUUUCAAAAGGUUGCUUAAGGAUAGCAAGGAGAAGGAGAACGAGGAGGAAGAAGGGGAUAAAGAUGGUUUCUUUCGCAGGCUGCUUAGAGACAGCAAAGACGAGGACAUGGAGCUGACACCGAGCUCGGAUGGUUUGUUGAAGCGAUUGUUCCGUGAUAAGGAGGACAGACAGGGUGAUGAUGAAGAGAAGGAAGGCCUUUUCCGUAGGAUAUUCAAGGACAAGAAUGAGGACAGGAGAGAAAGCAUGCAUGGAAAGCAUGGGGAUGAGGAAAAACUGGGAAAGAGUUUGGAGGAUGAUGAUAGAGAAGGAUUCUUCCGCAAGAUUUUCAAAGAUAAAAACGAGGAGAGGAAAGAUGGUGGCAGUCAGAAGCAGCACGAUGGUAGAGAAAAAGUUGGUGCGAGCACCGAAGAAGAGAAGAAGGAUGGUUUUUUCCGGCAACUUUUCAAGGAGAAAAUUGAUGAGAAAAAGGAAGGUACUACUCCUAGCAAGAAAGAGGAUGACGACAAAGGAAAUAAGAGCAUAGAUGAAGAUAACUUCUUUCGUAGAAUUUUCAAGGAUAAGAAUGAAGAAAAGAAGGGAGGUGCUCAUUACAGGAAUGAGGAUGAUAAGUUUGAGGAAGGUGAUAAGGAAAAUUUCUUCCGAAAACUAUUUAAGGACAAACAUGAGGGCAGGAGAAUUGAAGGGUUUGAUAAAAACGAUGAUGAUGGUAGGAGCACCAGUGGUAUUGAGGAGGAGGAAAAUUCGGAGUUCUUGUCAUUCCGCAGGUUAUUUAGAGUGCACCCAGAGGAUGCUAAGAGUGGACAUAUAGAAGGUAGUCAUCCUAGUGGUAUUUCUGAGGGUAGCCCAGGAUCAGAGAGCUUUUUUAAGCGUUUGUUCCGUGAUAGAGAUCGCUCGCUUGAGGAUUCUGAGCUUUUAACCUCAAAACUAUUGAAAGAGAAAUACCCUGAUUCCACAGGAAACAGUGAGAAACAAAGUGGAAAACCACCUCUACCAAACAAUGUGAUAGCAGAGCUUCGGAAAGGCUCUUACUAUGCUUCAUUGGAGCUUGUUCAAUCAUUAUGUGACACAUCUUAUGGUCUUGUAGACAUAUUUCCUGUUGAAGAUCGCAAGAUUGCCCUGCUAGAGUCUCUUACAGAGAUCAAUUCACAUAUUGCUUCCAGUGAGAAAAAUGGAGGAGUAUGCUUUCCAAUGGGAAAGGGCAUAUGUCGAGUAGUUCAUAUACCUGAAGAUGAGUCUGUUCUUCUAAACUCCAGAGAGAAAGCUCCUUAUCUUAUAUGUGUUGAAGUUUUGAAAGCAGAAACACCAAGUCACUCCAAAGGGUCCUCAGAUGUGAACAAACUAUCAAAAGGUGGGAUACCGUUGGCUAAUGGAGAUGUGCAAUUGCCAAAGCCACCGCCAUGGGCAUAUCCUUUGUGGAGUCGGCAUGAAACACAAAAUUAUGAAACAGACAGAAUGCUGAACUCUACUUCACAGGUUAUUGACCAAGCCAUGGCUCAACUAUGGGAGGCAAAGGUGAAAUUCGUAAAUGUUAGUUUCUCAAUAGAGAAAAUUGGCCGCUCAAGAAGCAUCGCAAUGUCAGAGUCGGGACGUAGACGACAAGCUACGACAGAUCCGCGUGAUCCAUGGGAAGAUUCCCAGGCUAUUGUUGAUCAGCCCAUUGAGUGGGUUAAGGUUACUUUGUCUGCAGUUCCCGGAGUUAGCAUGGAAGAUGUAGAUGAUAAUGAACCUACACGGAAGAAGGACCAUCGCCGUGUUCCUAGUACAAUUGCCAUGGAGGAAGUCAAGGCCGCAGCAUUAAAAGGAGAAGCACCACCUGGUCUCCCACUGAAAGGAGUUGGUCAAAGCACUCAAAAUUUAGAUUCUAAGGCAACUGAUGGUGGAGAUCCUAAACCAACUGAUGCUUUGGCUGGUGAACUUUGGACUGUCAAGAAAGAGAGGAUACGGCGGUCUUCAGUUCAUGGAAGAUUACCUGGCUGGGAUUUGCGUUCUAUUAUUGUCAAGAGCGGGGAUGAUUGCCGACAGGAACACUUAGCUGUACAGCUUGUUGCGCACUUUUAUGAUAUAUAUCAAGAAGCUGGCUUACCACUUUGGUUACGGCCUUAUGAAGUUAUUGUCACAUCUGCAUAUGCAGCACUAAUAGAGACUAUUCCUGAUACGGCAUCAAUUCAUUCCAUAAAGAGUAGGUUUCCCAAUAUCUCCAGUCUCCGUGACUACUAUGUAGCCAAGUAUGAAGAAAAUUCUCCAAAUUUCAAACUUGCACAGAGGAACUUUGUGGAAAGCAUGGCAGGAUAUUCAAUUCUGAGCUACCUGCUCCAGAUCAAAGAUCGUCACAAUGGAAAUCUCUUGAUAGAUGAGGAAGGGCAUAUUAUUCAUAUUGAUUUUGGUUUCAUGCUUUCCAACUCUCCUGGAGGGGUAAAUUUUGAGAGUGCGCCAUUUAAGCUGACGAGGGAGCUCCUUGAAGUGAUGGAUUCUGAUGCCGAAGGAACUCCCAGCGAGUUCUUCGACUAUUUCAAGGUGCUAUGCAUUCAAGGGUUUCUUACUUGCCGGAAGCAUGCAGAGCGGGUUAUACUUCUAGUGGAAAUGUUGCAGGAUUCGGGUUUCCCAUGCUUUAAAGGUGGUACUCGCACUAUACUGAACUUGAGGAAGAGGUUCCACUUGAGUCUCACUGAAGAGCAAUGUGUGUCUCUGGUGCUCUCAUUGAUCAGUAGCAGCAUGGAUGCGUGGCGCACUCGGCAGUAUGACUACUACCAGAGAGUAUUAAAUGGGAUUUUAUGAUAUACUUGAGGACAACUCAGGACUUUACCCAUUCAGAAACCAACUUGCUUAUAUCCUGGAGCAAAUCUUUGGAACGAAACGAUCAGUUUUGGGCUGAUCUAGCCUGCCAUGCCCACUAUGUUCCAUACGAGUGGUACCAGGUAAUGGGGCAUUACUGUGUUUUGCAUCUUGCAUGCUGUGAGUCUGAGUCUGCUGUGGAACACGAGCAGUACUUGCGUAUGAUUUCACCCCAUGGACGCGGUUGAGAAAGUGUAUAGCCAUCGGCAGUUAUCUAGUUAGAGCUUCACACUAGGAGGUUUGCUACUGGUGAAGCUGGUCAGGGUAUUGGAGUCUGGAACCUGAGCUGCAUUUCUGUACAGACAGUUGAUUGGCGUAGCUUGGGCAGGAUGUAGGAGAGGACCGAGCCAUACAUGAAGCUAAGUGUAAAUUAUAGACUUGGAAACCGGGAGUCACCUGGGCAGUCAUGGUUGUGUUUGCGAUCGUUUGUUGUCUUGUUGUCCUUCGACAUCCCAACUGCACCGAAACGUAGGCGAUGGCCUUGUGCUGCCUUUAUAAAUUACCAUCACUGUACAGUGAGCAUACCAUAGGAUCUUGGUGUCGUGUUUUUUCGCCUUGUGUUUUUAUCCAAUUAGCUGUACUCUUGUAGUCUUGCUGGUGUCAGAAGUUUCUCCUAGGUUACAGUAUGUUUGGGAAAACUCCUUCAGUCUUUGGCACCAUUGCUCUGCCCGAAUUACACCUUGUGGUUCAUUGUUUGUUGUGUCGGACACACUUGUGGUAUGUAUCUGGAGUUUGGACACGUGUUCAGAGUUGCCGAACUCA